UGUCAGCUCUGUCAUGUGAACAGCUGUGUCCAGUCACAGCUGAUCGCAUAUCAUCAGAGCACUGAUGAUCAGUGUAGCCCCAGCAGUGCCACCUGUCAGUGCCCAUCAGUGCCACAUAUCAGUACCUACUAGUGCACAUCAAUGCCACAUAUCAGUGCCCAUCUGAGCUGCCUUUCAGUGCCAGUCAGUGCCACCUAUCAAUGCCAGUUAGUGCUGCCUAUCAGUGCUGCGAAUCAGUGCCACCUAUCAGUGCCCAUCAGUGCCGCCUAACAGUUCCAGUCAGUGCCACCGGUAUCAGUG